GAUAUUCUCAGUGGUGCAUCCAUUCCUAACGGUACUCAUCCCUGGUCUCUCUCAUACGGUGGUCAUCAGUUUGGAUCAUGGGCAGGUCAACUAGGGGAUGGUCGAGCCAUUAGUCUAGGUCAAGUUCAGCAUCCAAUAACUCGAGCAUUCACUGAGAUUCAACUUAAAGGAGCUGGUAUGACUCCAUACUCACGAUUCGCAGACGGUUAUGCUGUACUAAGAUCAUCCAUUCGUGAGUAUCUUUGUGCUGAAGCCAUGCAUGCUCUAGGUGUUCCCACUUCAAGAUCCUUGUCAAUCGUUGCUAUCCCAUCACGAAAGGUCACAAGGGAAAAUGGUGAUGAAAUGGGUGCAGUGGUAUGUCGACUUGCUCCUAGUUGGAUCAGAUUUGGUAGUUUCGAGUUAUUGUAUUCAAGAAGCGAGUUUGAUCUCAUGAAAGAACUGGCCGACUAUGUAAUCGAUACACACUGUACUGAUUUAAAUACAGUUGUACAAGAUGAAAUUACUGUCGAAAGUUUACAAACCAACAAGUAUAUUCAAUGGUUUAAACAAGUCGUGAAAAAUACCGCCGAGAUGAUUGCUCACUGGCAAUCUGUCGGGUUUUGUCAUGGUGUGAUGAAUACAGACAAUUUUUCAAUUUUGGGUAUCACGAUAGAUUACGGCCCAUUUCAGUUUAUGGAUGUGUAUGACCCAACAUAUGUCUGCAAUCAUUCAGAUGAGACUGGACGUUACGCAUUCUGUGAACAACCACGUAUAGCCUUGUGGAAUUUAGCUCGUCUAGCAUCCGUCCUUGAUCCAUUGAUUCUACCACCCACUUGUAAUGAUCACAUCAACAACUCAGAAACCGAAUCUCGUGCAAAACAAUCCGUAACAACUGUGCUCAUUGAUGCCGUACGAGAAUUCAUUCCUUGUUUUGAUACAACAUUUAGUCUGUUGAUGUCGCGCAAGUUUGGUUUGUUGACUACUGCCAAUCACGACCUAGACACUCUCUACCAACCCAUUCUACGACUCAUGCAUGAUUCCAAAGUAGACUACACACACUUUUUUAGAAUAGUAAGCGAAAUGGAUCUUUUUGAUCGUACCAAUGAAACCAUGGAUAAAGUACUAGACCGAUUGUAUAACAUCUCCACAUUAAGCAAAAGUGAAUGGCAUGCAAAUCCAACAUCAACUCAAUCCAACGAUAUGUCUAAAUCAAUAGUACAACGGUUUAAUGAUUGGGUUCAAGUGUAUCGCACUCGUAUGUUAUGUGAUUAUUCAUCUGAGGAUGCCUUGUUUGCUGAUACGGAACAAAGACGGUUGCGGAUGUUAAUGGCAAAUCCAAAGUAUACAUUACGAAAUCAUCUUGUUGCUAAAGUCAUUCAGGAAAUGGAACAUGAUGUCACAAGCGAUGCUGUGGAUCGGUACUUGAACGUACUCAUGCGACCAUUUGAUCAAGGCAGUGACAAGGAGCAAGCAGAGUUUGGUGGUACAGUUCCCGAUAACAUGAGGGGAUUAAAAUGCAGUUGCUCCUCUUGA